GUAGAUAUAAUAUGGUACUGCUUGCACGUGACUUUUGUUUCUGAUAAUUAAUAGCCCAAUACGACAGACUUUGCUUGAGAGUCGAGAGUUACAAAUUCCUUCACUGGAAAUCAAGCUCAGAAUCAAGACUAUGACUCACUCUCUCUUCUUCCUCUCCGUCUUGCUUCUUCUCACACUCCUCCACAGUCCAUCCGAUGCCGCCACCAAACUGGUGGACAAGGUCUGCAAACAAACAUGGAACUAUUCCUUCUGUGUGGAGUCUCUAUACUCCGACUCACGCGCCGGACAAGCUGAUGAAUACACACUUGCCUUCAUUUCGGUCGGAUUGGCAUACACGAAUGCGACCGACACCCGAGACCUAAUCUCAAAGUUGCUCAUCAACAAAGGCAAAUCCGAGCCUCUCGAGACAUGCUUCCGCGAUUACAAGAAGGCCGUUUCGUCUCUUGAAGUUGCUUACAAUGAUCUCAACUCCGAGACCUUCUUCGUCAUCGCUAAUUUGACAACCCAAGCCGCUCGCUCCGCUAAUCAUUGCGAAACGGCUUUCAAGGGAAACGAAUGGAGGCCAUUGGGAAACCGGAAUAAGGAUUUAAUGGGUCUCUGUGAAAUUUGUGGAAUUGUUGCAGAGUUAUUUACUGGACCAGCACCUUUGUAAUUAUUGAAUUAGUUGUUUUGUUUUGUUUUGUUCUGUUCUGUUCAGUUCUGUUCUGUUCUGCUCUGUAAUUGUGAACCAUAAAAAAAAAAAAUUAAAUGAAAGAAGCAAAGCAUUGAUUUGAUUGCAUUGACAACAAGUCAA